UUGGCGCUUUGUGACCCCACCUACCCAGCUGACUGACAGAACCAGCACGGUGGCUGUCAUUCACACAGGAGGGCAGUAAUACGCCUUUGCUGCGUCAAGACUGCCGUACCGAAAAAGAAGAAGAAGAAGAAGAAGAAGAAGAAGAAGAAGGAACACCCAUUGUACUUUCGUCGUUAUGAGAUUUGCAGACUAGUGUUACACACUGUUGUCAAUAUGGAGUCACAGGUGAUGACCAACCCUCAGGAGAUUACCAGGCUCUACAAGGAACUCAGUCUCUUCCCUUCUCUGAGUAGAGCAGAUGUAGGACCUGUCAUUACUUCUCAGUAUGGAGGCAAAUACAGCAACAUUUACACAGAAUGGAGCCAGUGUGAUCUGGAAAGGAAUGAGAAUGUCAAGUUUUGUAGGCAGUACAUUGUAUUCCAUGAUGAUAAGUCAGUGGUCUACUCUGGGGCCUCAGGAAACUGCACUGAGAUCAAAGGAGAGGUGCUUAGUAAGGAUUCCCCUUCGGGUGAAAUGAAGGCUGUUGUCAGAGUUUGCACAAUCAAAGGAGAGGACAAACAGUUCCUGGAGAUCUGGAGUAAAAACAUCAAGAUGAAGAGCAUCAAUCUAACAGCUUUAAAUAAGCAUGGAAAAGUCUAUGAUGAUGAUCAGUUUGGCUGCUUGGUUUGGUCCCACUCUGAAACCCACCUCUUGUAUGUGGCAGAGAGAAAGAGACCCAAGACAGAGUCCUUCUUUCAGACUCAGUCACAAGAGUUGUCUUCUAUUGGGGAUGAAGACGAGACCAUAAGAGUGGAGAAAAAGGAGGCUGUGAAAGGGGAGCAGUUUGUCUUCUACGAGGACUGGGGAGAGGCACUAGUUGGUAAGAGCUGUCCAGUGCUAUGUGUUUUGGAUGUAGAGGGCGACAACGUCUCUGUGUUGGAAGGAGUGCCUGAAGAUAUCUCACCUGGACAGGCAUUUUGGGCUCCAGGUGACACAGGUGUGGUGUUUGUAGGCUGGUGGCAUGAGCCUUUCAGGCUUGGCCUUAAGUACUGCCCCAACAGGAGGUCAUCUUUGUUCUAUGUGGAUCUUACUGGUGGAGAAUGUGAGCAGUUGUCAUCAGGCACCAGUGCAGUGUGCUCCCCCAGGCUGAGCCCAGACCAGUGUCGAAUUGUCUAUCUGGAAUGUUCUGUCUAUGGACCACACCAGCACUGCAGCAAGCUCUGUAUGUAUGACUGGUACACUAAGAAGACCUCAGUGGUGGUGGAUGUGGUGAAGCGACCUGGAGAAGAUGGCUUUACUGGUAUCUACAGCUAUCAGUUGUCCCCUCAAUGCUGGUCAGCUGAUAGUCAGCGUAUAAUCAUUGCUUGCCCUCAGCGCAGCCGUAAGGAUCUGUUGAUGGUGGAUAUAAGCACAGGGUGUGUCAGCUCUCUGACUUCAAAGUCUAAUGUUGGUAACUGGUGUCUGCUAAACAUAAAGAGAGAUCUGAUGGUGGUCAGCUGCUCUUCUCCAAACUGCCCUCCAAGUUUGAGGGUGGGUUUCCUUCCGGCCAGGGAUUCUGAGGAGGAAGUGGUAUGGGUUACUUUGGAGGACUGUCAGACAUUGCCAGAUAUCGAUUGGAAGAUCUUGACUUUCACCCCUCCCCCAGAGCAAGACAACAGUCAAUACCCUGGCCUUGAUUUUGAAGCUUUGUUGAUCAAACCAAAGGAGGUGAAGGCUGGAGUGAAGCUGCCUCUUAUUGUUGCUCCUCAUGGGGGUCCUCAUUCGGUGAUUGUAGCUGAGUGGCUUCUGCCUUCCUCUGUUCUGUGCAAGAUGGGCUUUGCUCUAUUACUGGUGAACUAUCGUGGCUCUCUUGGGUACGGCCAGGACAGUAUCCUCUCAUUACCUGGGAAUGUUGGCAACCAGGAUGUCAAAGAUGUUCAAUUUGCUGUUGAAAGUAUUCUGAAAGAUGAUGAGUUCGACAUGCAGAAGGUGGCAGUGUCCGGGGGCUCUCAUGGUGGUUUUCUGGCCUGUCAUCUGAUUGGACAGUACCCAGGCUUCUACAAGGCCUGUGUGGCUCGCAACCCUGUCAUCAAUUUGGCCUCCAUGAUUGGCAGCACAGACAUCCCAGACUGGUGCAUAGUUGAGGCUGGCUAUGAUUACAGCACAGAUUGUCUGCCUGACCCUGUGGUCUGGGAAAAGAUGUUGAACAAGUCUCCCAUUAAACACGUCCCAAAGGUACAGACACCAGUGCUGCUUACCUUAGGCGAAGAUGACAAGCGUGUACCUAACAAGCAAGGAAUUGAAUAUUACAAAGCUCUGAAAGUAAAGCAGGUCCCAGUCCGGUUGCUGUGGUACCCAGGGAACAACCACUCUCUCUCCAGUGUGGAUGCUGAGUCUGAUGGCUUUAUGAACAUCGCUCUGUGGAUAAUUCAACACUUAAGUCUGUGAUGGCAAAUAAAUACAUAGUAGUGUGUUAAUGCUGCUCUUUCUGCCAGGAAAGAUGGCAAGAUGCUGCUUCUGUUCUGAAGGCAAUGUGAGGUCCAGUCCAAAGCCAAAGCAGUGAAUGUUCUUUCCAGCCAGAACACAACUUUGUGUACCUGUUCUUUACUUGGAAUCUAUCUGUGGUUAGGGUCUUUGCGCAAUAAUUUCUAAGUGAAUGGGGAUAUUCUAAGUGAAUAUGAAUAAUACUAUUUUUAACACAGCACUUGAAUACAGGCAGUUUUGAUUCUGCCUUUCUAUGGACUGUAUACUGUUCAUUUUUGCAAUCUCUAAUAAAGGGCUUUUUCAGUACAUAAGUUGUGAUUGAGGUUAUAUAAACAAAUGAAAAUAAUUUAAUAAUUAGUCUUCUCUCUGCUCACUAUU